AUGGCCACGCUCAUCAUCGAUCGUCUCAACGACGAUAUUCUCCUCCUCAUCCUCUCCUAUCUCGAAAAGCGAGACCUCUGCGCCUUGUCGCUCACCUGCAAACACUGCCAUAUGAUUUCCUCUCCAAGACUCUGGGCAGUCCUUUCGAUAGACCGGGCCUUCUUCGUCUCCUGGUGGCAUGAGAAUCUCGUCACCAACGCCCAUUAUGUCCGUGAGAUGGCGAUCUGUGUCGACCUCGACAGUGCACCGACGCUCCCUGAUGUCUUGUUUGCAACCAAGAACAUCGUUUCCCUCGAGUUAUUCCGUUCGGCUCUCCUCCAUGACAACCCACGUCUUUCUAUGGCUCUCGCAGGCCUGCGCGAGCUCCGGAAACUCUCUUGCGAUUCGGUCGAGGACAACAUGCUGCCGACGAUCCAAAACAUCCCCUCUCCCAAUCUCACGAGCCUCUGUCUAGGCUAUAAAGGGAGAACACACGCUUGCGACGACCUCCCCUCCCUCAUCUCCGUAAUCAGAUCCUUCCCUCGUCUGUAUGCUCUGAUUCUAGAGCGCUUUAAGCCGGCCACCAUCGACAUCGCCAACUACCCGCUAUUCACCUCCAUCCAGGAUCUCACCUUCAAUGUCACCGGGCUCGCGGCGACAGAUCUCAUUUAUCUCUGUCCCAACGUCACCUCCCUGAGACUUAGUCUCUAUCAUCCGCACAAAACGGGCGCUCUCGAAUCCCGACCGAGAUGGCGUGGGCCCUCGCCGAUCCCUCGACUCACCCUCACAAUUCUGCACAUGCAUGCCAGAAACCUCAUAGUCUCGUUGCUGGAACGGCAAGCCUUGCGCGCGACACACGUUCGAUUCCCCAUGGUCUGGAAUUUCACCCAGGAUGGUAUCUCGACCACACAUUCCCGAUUCACGCGCAUCUUCGACGUGCUAAAGCCGUACUCCCUCUACCUGGAGAUAUCAGCAACAUGGCAUGCCAAGCUGUCUGAUCGCACGGGAACCCUCUGGCAAGAGGUCGCCGCAGCCGCCCCGCACCUGCGCGCGCUCGUGCUCGAUGUGAACUCAGUCGACGACAGCCACCCCGACGGCGAGGGACAGCGGUUAUGGGCGCCCCCGGACGCGCUCGUGGCGGAGCUCGCCCAGCUCCCGCUCGUCUGCGUUCAUCUCAAGGCGGACCUUGAAUUGUUGGAACGGAAGGGGGACGCGGAUCUCCUACGCCUCCGCGCGCUCGCCGCGUUCCCCAGGGAGCUCGCUGAAGCCGUUCCCACACUGCGUGUCGUGGGCGUAUCGGAUGGGUGGGGCCGGUUGGAGGGCGUACGAUCGACGCGGUGGUGGUGCGUCGAGCGCGGCGACGGCGACGACGCGGCGGCGCGGUCGCUGGUCGAGCUCUGGCGCGAGGACGGGGAGUGGGCGCUGCGGCUUGUGCAGAACGAGGCGUUUUGUGCGUCCGAUCUUGACGGCAUCUAUUCGGAGAAGCGCCGCUACGUGGGGGAGUAA